GCCCAUCCGCGCCCUCUUCACCUAGCAGGCUCUGAUCGUCCGAGACCGAAAAAGUUGUACGAGCGCACCAUAGUGUAGGGUUUUGGUUGCAAAUAGCAUCUUAGGUUCCGUGCUGUCCGGGUUAUAAAUUAAGUAACAUACACACACACAUAUGCUUCUGCAAAAAUGGCCUACACAACGCAGAAGCAGUUUCUAAGCGUUGCGUUCCUGAACGAAGACCCGAAACUGCCGAGCCGGAAGCGCAGCGAUGCAGUGCUGAAGUCGUACAGCUCGUGCUACGACACCCGGGCCUGGUCGCUCGAUGUGCUGAAGCAGUCUCAGUUCAUCGGGGACGUCGCAAACAGGGCCCUAACGCAAGCCGCUAAGGCGCCACUUCACUCCUUUUCCGGUGCGGAACUUACGAAAGAAAUCUUAGUUCGGCUGGAUGCCGACAAUCUUGCCGACUACAUCCUGAGCCUAAGGGAUGAGGUAAAAAAGCGGAACAGCUCCAUCGAAGCGCUGGAGCAGACAAAGGCGGACCUUACCCAAAAAACUGAGCAGCUGGAUGAAAAAUUGAACGCGUUGGACGAAGAAAAUCGACUGCUGCGGGCGGAAAUUGAGCGCAUCGGUGCCUGCCAGGAGCAGCAGCGCCAGACGAACCAGUUCGACGAGGCGGAGCUUGCCGAAAUCAGUCAGAUGAUUAUUGAUCUGCGGGACUAUAACGAAAAUCUGGAGGAUGAGAUGCAGAUCUUGCGCAACCAGCUGCAAACGGCGGCCGCAUCGUCGGUCGGCGACAAUCAGGUCACUGUGGAGGCUGAGAACAACUUUCUCAAGUUCAAGGCGAAGGAUUACGAUCGGCUGGAGGGUGAGCUGGCACUGUUUAAGGCGGAGUACGACAGUUUGACGCUGCAGAAGCGGGAGCUGGCGGAAGAGCUGCACCGGGCCCAGCAGUACCGAUUGCGAGCCGUGGAGUUGAAGCAGGACCUGAAGGAGGAACUGCACCGUCGGGAGAUGUGCGAGGAGCAGAUUGAAAUGUUGGUGAACAUGUACGAACAACAAUCAGUUGAACUGAAUCAAUUGAAACGUCAGGUGCACACGUUCGAUCGCUCCUCCCAAGAUCGUCUUUUCGAUGAGUCGACGGAAGAUCAUGACGGUUCGCAAACCACAGAGACACUGAAUGUCGCUCAAGAUGAUGAUGCCGGUAUUGGGUUAGUUGAGACGAUAUCCUUUGAAAAGCCCGCUGCCUGUCCAAAUUGUCCAGAAAACCUUAAAAACAUUGAGGAUCUGAAACGAGAAAUCGCUUCACUGCAGGAUCAGACUGCCAGUCAACCUCAAUCGAUCCCGCAAGACAAUACAGACGCACAGAAACAGUUAAUGGAUCUACGCCAAGAAUUGACGGACUGUAAACGCCAACUACAGGAGUCAGCGGCAGCGGCUGAAUCCUCCAAAUCAUCACCGCAAGUCAACGCGGAUCAACAGCAACAGAUGGCAGAUCUACGGCGAGAAUUGACAGACUGUCAACGGCAGCUAAAGGAAGCAACGGACCAGUAUGAAGCACUGCGAGCGUCUUCCACCGCGGACGGGCAGGAGCUGGAACGUGUGAAGCUGCAGCUGGAGCAGCUAGCCAGCGUUUCCGACGCACCUGCCGGACAGCUGGAACUAUUUGCCGCAAAUGAGAAGCUAAGCGCGUUGCAAAAGGAAAAUGAAAAGCUUCAAAAAGAGCUGUCCGAAAACAAAGCUCGCAUCGUUGAGCUGGAAAAGAAGGUGCAAUCGGCUGCGUCAAGUGUUCCGGCUGCGCCGCCAACCGGUGGCGAGUGCUGUGCAGAGAAGGUCAACAAAAUUUCCGAACUGGAGCAAACCAUUUCCCGGCUGAAGGAUGAUGAUGCCUCGAAGGCUGUUGUGAGCGCCAGUCCGGCAGCUGAGGCAAGUGCGGAAAAUGCGAACCUUCUUCAAAGAAUAACAAACCUCGAAAAGGAGCUGCUGGAGCGGGAUCAGAAAUUGAAGAUGCUACAGGAAGCGGUGGAUAGGAAGGGUGUGGCUGCGACGGCGGAAGCGACCAGCGUCGAUGGUGCCGAGAUGAGCGCGCUGUUAUCUCAGCUGGCGGAAAAGAACGAACUGAUUAAAAGGCUGCAAGAUAAGCUGGACACCGUGUCGUCGGUCCCAGCAGCUGCCGAUGAUGAUGGACGGGCAUGUCAGGAAGAGCUGGCCGAGCUGCGGGUCCGACUGGAGGCGUGCGAAGGUGAAGCAGCCGCCCGGUUCGUGUCGGACGCGCUGCCCGAACCGAGAAAGAGUGUCCGAAUAAGCGACGAGGUGGAAGAGUUCGAGCCACUGUCCAUCAAGGAAGAGCUGGGCAGCGAGCAGGACGAGAAGGAGACGGAGGAAAUUAAGGCCGAACCAUCGGACGAGGAGGAAGAGGAGGAGGAGGAGGAGUCCGACAAUGGCGACAACGAUGGUUCGCAAACGUCCGUCGGGCACAAGAAACGGCUGAACAGCUCGCUGGAAAAGCUGGAGCAGCUACAGGAGAGCCUCAGCAAGCGGUGCACGCUGGCGGCCAUGAUGGGCAGGCAGCCGGGGGUCGAAUGUGACUGCAUUCAGGCGAUAGCGUUCAAGAUAGCGCAGGGCGGACUGGAGAUGCUGCUGGUGGCGGAGCUGUACGUGCUGCUGCAGGAGAUUUGCAGUGCCAUCACGCGUAAGAACGCCGUGCUCGGGAGGAAUGUGACCGUGCUGGCCAACAGCAUGACCAAGUGCUGGCAGGUCAUCACGGAUGCACGGGUCAUGAUGAACAUGGAGCUGACGAACCGUACCAGCCACCACCAGUCGGUGACGUCCGUGUCGGCCCACUGCAUGUCCGUGCAGGAGGUGCGCGAGGGAGCAGUGGAGGAUGGGGAGGAGCAGGACAACCGUACUAGAACCGCCAGCCACACGGCGGGUCAUCUGUCUCGGCCGAGCGGAUGGGUGGGCACGGACGGUACAAGACCAUCGACCAUACCGCCGCACCAAUCGAUGUCGGUUGGCAGUGACGAUAACAGACACUCGAACGCGCUGGAUGUGCAAAGGCGUCGAACGAUCAAAUGGAUGGAAAAUGUGAAGAAAUCUGGUCGGUGAAAAUUGGAAGCCAGCGUCUCGUGACGAGCGUGUUUCAUCACUUGUUCGAGGUUCACUUGAUGCAGAACGCAAACACACCCAAAAAUUCGCACAAACUCAGACAAAUUAAAGUGUAUUUCAGAUUUACCAGAACUAAA